UGGCGGCCCGCGCGUUUUAUUAUUUUCAAUCUUUUUAAAUUCACUAACAAUUUAUUAAAUUUUAAAUUAUAAUCAUCAAUUUAUUUGCGUAAAUAAUGAGACUGCUGUCAUUUAAAACCGCGGGAAUUUAAAAUACGUCAUAAAUUAUUAAAAAUUGUCAAUGAAGCGACUGAUGAUCAGAUGCUAACCUGAAAGUGUCAAAAACAAGUUUCAAUUUAUUUAAAAUAAUUAAGCAACUAAAAAAUUUGUAUCUAUGUCCUAGUGAUGUGUAAAAAAAAAUUACUACGAUUGUGAAUGGAAAAAUCAGCGUAACUGGAAUGAUCGAGUUGCCAGUGAGUGAAUUGAAUUUGUCAUCAUUGUCAGCAAGGCCACAAUGUCAAAACGUUUUGGAAAGACAAAGAGCUCUGAAAAUGCCAAGAGACCAAGACUGGACAUCACAGUUAGCAGUCAGACAUCCAGAGAGCCAUCAAUCUCCGCUUAUCGGGUCAAUAAUCCUGGAAUAUCUAGUUCAUCUAGUUCCUCAAAGCCAUCUGUAGUUGAUCAAGAUGUUGAUGAAUGGGGUGAAGACCUCGCUGAAGAUUUUCUUGAAAAUCUUGACAUGAUAGUAUCACAAGCAUCCCAAGAUGUCAAUACGUCAGUGAUAAGUAUAAAUCCCUCUCAAAUGAAACCAUUUGAAUCCACCAGGUCGAGUUAUCACCCGCCAGUGUCACACCCACCAGUGUCACGGCCUCAGCAUGAAACUAACCCACAGCCAUCAACCUCACGAGCUUACAACCCAGACACCAGACGAGUCCAGUCGUCCCAGAUUUUGUCAGCAUCUAAAAACUUCCGUGUCCAGCCUUCACGUACACUCGGGCCAUCGAGUAACUUGAGUACAAUCGCAGAGACACCGUCAGCUGAUGAUUUCCACAACAAUCUUUUGGUAAACAAUCGCCUGAACUCAACAUUCCAGCCAAAAAAUGUCGUUGCAGAUCCCGACGAAGAAGUUCUCAGAAAGCUAGAGAAACUGGAGAAUGAAAACAAAAAACUUCUAGACGACUUGAGGAUCAAGGAAGGCGAGUCCGUUUAUUUGAGACAGCAGCUGAACAAAGCCCAGAGUAAAAAUACUCAGCUGAUGCUGGACAAAGAGCGCGCGAUUGAAGAACAAGCGAAUCAGUACCAAACCCAGCUCACUGAUUUGAACAAAACGAACACACGACUCGUAACCGAACUCGAGUUCAAAGAUCUGGAGAUUAAAAAGACGACCGAUAAAUUCAAAAAAAUUAGUAGCAAUCAAUCGCCGCAGAGCGUUCUCACCAAGACUCCAUCAUCUGCAAGGAAAAAAACAACUCAAGCGACCCAAGCAGUUUUUGUAAGCAACAAAUUGUUCGAACUAAAGACUCGUAUCGUUCUCUAUCCUUUUGAGGAAAUUCCGCCGACGAUUUUCCUGUCACCGCUGCCAGAAAAACCAAUUGUUGAUAUCCAAGUUGUCGACAGAAGUGGAAAACGUAAUUUACCAAUACUCCAAGAUGAAAAAUCACUGAGGAUUUUUGAAAAUCCCCAGAUUGUCAAGCCCAUGGUUACAGUAAUCAACAACAAGAAUUUGAAUGUUGAAUUUUUGCAUGCAGAUAUCGCUAAAAUUAUUAAAAUAACUCAUGAGGAAAUAAAUUCACGUGACGUCAUUUUAAUUAUUAAUAAGAUUGUAGCGACAACAAGAGAAUUAAUGAUAAAUAUAUUAACAGUAUUGCAGUCAAUAAAGCUGGCAAUGAACAAUGACGACAUACGUGAUAUGAAUGAUAUUUAUUUAUCAAAAUUCUACGACAUUGAAGCAAACAAUCAUCAGACACUUUGCGACGCGACCGAGUGGCAUGACAAAGAGCGCGGACUCGAAGCUAGAAGAUGUCUUGGUCUACUGGUGACCAUUUCCGAGAAAUCAAUUUAUUUAUCAGGAUACAUAGCAGGUGCCAGUCAACUGAGCACUCAAAAUGACCCUGAGUACUCGCGUUACAUCAAGCAAAUGACUCGGUACGGGGAGUGGUCCAGGCAGGAACACGCCUACGAGAUGCUGGAGCUGUUCAACGAACUGGCUACGGCAAUACACUCAGUGAGACGUUCCUACCAGUUCACUGGCCUGAUCUGCGGGAUCGUAAAACUGAUCUCCAACGUCCAGUCGACAUGUGGAAUAACCGACGAGCGAGCUUUGACUUUAGUCGGUAACAUUUUAAAAGAACUGGUCUUCAGUCGCCCGCUGCUCAAGAGUCUGAUUGUCAUGACCGAUCUGAUGCAGAGUUUCAACAAGAACGAGUUCUUCAUCAAUCGGCUCAUCAGGUACCACCAAGGGAACGAGUUGCAGCUGUUCAAUGACAUCAAUAGCUUCGAUGAUGACGACUGUGUUCUCGAAAUUUAUUUGAAGCAAUUGCGCAGUUUUACGCUCAACAAUGUCAACAAAGUAAAUGUCAUGUACGGACUUGUUGUGUUUGCUGAUGUCGCUUUGAGAGUCGGGUGUCUCAAACUGGCGAAAGAAAAAAACCCAAGUAAUCGAUGUUGCAAGGCGCUUUAUGAAUUUAUUAUACAUAAUUUGCACCGCUGUGCGACCAUUGAUACUGAUGAUCUUAGAGAGGAAUUUGUUAAUAAUGGAGCUGCAAGUUAUUUUAGUAAUAAUUCCGGUAACAAUAGUUUGAAAUGGUGCAAAGGAAAAAUAGAUGGUUACUAUUGGAUUAAAUUUAAAAAUAAAUUUUUUAAUUUACUCAAAAUAGGAAUUAGAUUCUUAACAUUCUUCGCUCAUUGGGAUGCUGAGUUUUUUGUUAAUUCACCAGAAGAUAUUGAUAUUUCUAUUUUUUUAUUUAUGGGAAAUAUCACUAGAGUAAAGGAUUUGGUUUUAAAUAAAAUUGAUCUUGAAGCACUGGAACUAAUGAAAUCAAAAUUUUCCUUUGAAAAAGACAGUACGAGUAAAUUAGAACCCGAGACACCGCAGUGCAAGAAAUUAUUUUCAGUUAAAAGUAUUUUAAUUGAGGAGACGGGUCCAAUUAAUGAUGAUAACGAAGUAAUAUCAUUUGAGCGGAGGGACAAAUACAAGCAGAUGAUUGAUAUGUUUAAAUCAUCAUUACAAUUAUAG